AAAUAGAGGAUUUACAAAUUGAUAUUUAUGGAGAAACUGCCGAAAACAUUUAUUUUGUGGAGAAAAUAUUGGACCAACAAAUUCAUCGGCAAACCAAAAUCCAAGAAAACUUUUCUUCAACCAAGUCAAUCAUUUACUUACUUACCUUUCCCACCGGCGAAUUGGCCAAUGAUGCCCAAGUUUUUUUCGAAAAGAAAGAACUUGCGGAGUUAGUAAUAACUCACCAUGACCAAGUUCACGGGAAAACAUGGGAAGCCGAAUACAACAUUAAGCGAAUUGAUGAAAAAAUAGUUGAAAAGGAAAAAAAUUCUAUAAAAACAAGAAAAAUUAACUAA